UCACACAUGCGCAAUGGGCGUCUUCACUACCACAUUCCUCGCUUGAACUCUGGCAAAACUAAAACGAACUGGCCCUUGAUUUAUUUUCCCUUGCUCAGUUAGGGAGAAAAUAUAUUCAACCGCUAAAUAUAUUCGUGCAGUUGAUCAGAUUUGUGUCUAAAUUAAAAUAGUUGGCCGAGCAAUUACAGUUUAACAUCGGGCCUUACCCUCCAUCAAUAUCGCCAUGGCAACAGAGGAGAAGAAACCAGAAACGGAGGCCACUAAAACAUCUGCAUCUGCCAGCCAGAGCAAGUCAGCACCAGUCAAGCCUAACUACACCCUGAAAUUCACAUUAGCCGGCCACACAAAAGCAGUUUCGUCUGUCAAGUUCAGUCCCAGUGGAGAGUGGCUUGCCAGUUCAUCUGCUGACAAACUGAUCAAAAUUUGGGGAGCUUACGAUGGAAAGUUUGAGAAAACAAUAUCGGGACACAAACUUGGUAUCUCGGAUGUCGCCUGGUCCUCAGAUUCCAACCUACUUGUUUCAGCAUCUGAUGACAAGACUCUAAAGAUCUGGGACGUCAGCUCGGGUAAAUGCUUGAAGACGUUGAAAGGCCACAGCAACUAUGUCUUCUGCUGCAACUUCAACCCCCAGUCUAAUCUCAUCGUGUCUGGAUCGUUUGACGAGAGCGUGCGGAUAUGGGAUGUAAAAACUGGCAAAUGCUUGAAGACCUUGCCGGCCCACUCCGACCCCGUCUCUGCUGUCCAUUUCAACAGAGAUGGCUCACUGAUUGUGUCCAGCAGCUACGAUGGUCUCUGCCGGAUCUGGGACACCGCAUCAGGACAAUGUCUGAAAACACUAAUUGAUGAUGACAACCCCCCCGUGUCAUUUGUGAAGUUCUCACCAAACGGCAAAUACAUUCUGGCUGCCACAUUGGACAACACCCUGAAGCUUUGGGACUACAGCAAAGGAAAGUGCUUGAAAACAUACACCGGCCACAAAAACGAGAAGUACUGCAUAUUUGCUAAUUUCUCUGUCACAGGUGGAAAGUGGAUUGUCUCUGGCUCGGAGGACAACAUGGUGUACAUCUGGAACCUGCAGACCAAGGAGAUCGUACAGAAACUACAGGGUCAUACAGAUGUGGUGAUUUCUACUGCCUGCCACCCCACAGAGAACAUCAUUGCGUCUGCGGCGCUAGAAAACGACAAAACUAUCAAACUGUGGAGGAGCGACUGUUAAGCCUCUGCAUCCUGGGCAUGCUUAUUUUAUUUUCAUUUGAUUUUUUAAACUUUUCAUUUGAGGAAAAGAGGACUUUCUGCUGAGAAAUCUGGGCCCGAAUGCUUUGAGGACUGAGCCUCAACUGGAAGAACAAAAUGAAUGCAAGUUCAGAACAUCACCACAACCACAUACCUUCCCUUCCUCCAGAACCAGAGCAAACCCCAACCAAACCACCACAACCCUCUACUUGGUCUUGCUUGUGCCCUUACAUGCUCUACCAUCUCUGCCUUACUGUUACUGUGAGCUGGAGGUUUGUGUUUCAAUUGAAAUACGAGAAUCAACUUUUGUCCUUCAUGAGGAAAGUAGUCAUAUGGUAUCUCAUGAUUUAAUCUCUGUAGGUGUCUUAGUAUUGAUACACGUUUUGAUCUUAUAUUUUACCAAUCAAGCCAGAUUGCAUUGGCCUCGAGUAAGUAAUCCUAUCCCCCAUGUCAGGUGUUUUUUUCCCCUUCAGAGUAAUGGACUGUUUCACUGGUGUCUGACAUCUCACUUUGACCAACUGUAAGUCUCAUUAGAAUAUAGUAGAUUAGUAGCCAGGACCCGGAUUGGUUUGUGCUGUCUUGCCAAACAUGGAGUUGACAUGAUAGCACAGAUGGCUCUAAAACCAGGCUGAAAGAUAAGUGGUAACUGUCAAAUUUCCAAUAUUGGUAAACAUUCAGUACCAAGAGGCUUUGAAACAAAAAGUCUCAUGCAUGGCAGCACCUGAGAUUGGUUUUAUGUUCUAUUUAUUUUAAAGGAAUCUGUUCAAAGUUCGAAAGGUGUUGAAGAGGGUUAAAAGGUUUUCUGUCCUCAUCAGGGGGAUUUCCAUAACCAUGUUGGGAGCAUUUUCCUCAACCACUUCUCUACAAGUCACUCAACUGACAGUUUCUCUAGUUUGAUAUCGACACUAUGCUCUGAAACAGCAAGCACUGCCUUGUUUCGAACUCACUUCUCCAUUUUACAAGAUGUAUUCUGAUUCUGUACAUUAGUGUUGGGGCUCAACUGAUGCUUUUUAGAAUUCACAUUGGAUGUAAAUGGGACCGUGACAAGUCAGUGAGAUGGUUGGUGGGUUGUGAAGUAUAUCGACAAGAGCCUACAUUGAAGGUGCACUUACCUGUACUGCCAGUGCAUUUACUGGUUUCAAGUCAAUCCUGCUAUACUCAAGAAGGUAAUAAUUCAAAGUAAUGUUUGUGAAGAAAGAAAUGAAAGCUAAAGAGGCUGUUUUUCAUUUGAAUGAUUAUUUUAGAAUAUUUAAUUUGGAGAUGCUUCCAGUCCAUUGUCGUUCAGUUGGUACUAACUCCGUGUCUGGCUGUCAUUACAUUUAACACAACUUGGUGGUGAUUUCAUAGCAGUGACCAAAUACCUGUUUAUUUUGUGCUCUUCAUUCUGUACAUACUGUAUUACUACAACAUAUGUAUUGUUUGUUAGACAAGUAAUAUUUUAGCUGUCUUUCUGUAUCGUUCUCUUUGUCUUAACAGCUAGUAGUUCAUUCCCCAAAUGGUCAUUUUUCCUGCUCUCCUGUUUUCUGGAUUAUCUUAUCACUGCAGUGGUAUCAAGGGCUGCAUGAAAUUCUGUAUAUGCGUUUAGUCAAUCUGGAUUUUGUGAAUAUGUAUUUGCAUUUGACAGCUAUAACUUGUGACUUAAUAAAGAGCAUUUUUUUAAAAGAUGUACAAAA